GCCCGUAUUACUACGGUGGGCCAUAAAGGGGAACUGUCUCAAAGCCACUCUUCGGUAAUUACACUUACCCUACGUGGGUUGGGGUGUAUAUGCCUCAAUUACUACAAAGGUGCUUUGUUCAAUUUACGAAAACCCUGUACGAUAGGGUAUGCCUAGUGAAAAUUUGAUUUUGAGACGGUUCCCUUUAUGGCCCACCGUACUACGGUGAGCCUCCCAUUUUGAUCUUGCCCUUUACCAUGGACAUCCUCUGGGUGCCCUUACCCAACUGUUCUCCGGCAACGUACAAUACAAUCCACGGUGCAUGCCAGUUGUCCCAGCAAAUCCCCGUCACGCACGUCGCUUUCACUUCGCUGUAAGUCCAACUGACAUCUUAUUGACAUGGACAAGUCUCGCGUCGAAACCAUGGCGGAUAACACUUUAGUAGAUGAGAAUCAGCUGCAGAAGCCAGGCGAGCCUGUGGUUGCCAAGCUCUCGGACGGCAUCACUGGCGUCGUCCAGCAGCAGCAGGAUGGAGGUUCGGCAACGGGCUCAGGUUCCUUCGAGCCAGAUGAAGCGCACGAGGGAGGCCUUCAGGCGUGGCUCGCGAUUGUAGGCUCGUUUUUGGUCUACUUCGCGACGUUCGGGGUCGUCAACAGCUUCGGCUUUUUCCAAACCUUCUAUCAGCUCGACUACCUGAAGGACUACUCGCCGUCGACUAUCUCCUUCAUCGGCACGCUCCAGAUUACCUUAAUGUAUCUGUCGGGGUCGGUCGCAGGAGCCUUGUUCGAUACCUAUGGCCUGAAGUGGCUGUAUCCCUUCGCCGCACUGGGUGGCGCCGGCUCGAUGCUCGCGACUUCCUUCACAAAGCCCAACCAGAUCUGGCAGCAGUUCCUCGCGCAGUCCCUCCUCUUCGGCCUCACCGUCGCCUACGGGGUGCAGCCCGCCCUCACCGUCGCGGGCCAGUACUUCCACCGCAGACGUGCAUUGGCCAUGGCCCUGGUGGCUUCCGGCAGCAGCGUAGGCGGUGUCGUCCUGCCCAUCAUGUUCUCGAAGCUCAUCCCGCAGAUCGGCUUCCCAUGGGCGAUGCGUGUGGGUGCACUGAUCUUGCUCUGUUGUUACGCAGUGGCAAUGACCAUUUCCCGGCCGAAGCAACCCCCGAGGAAGCUCAAGUCUCUCACUCACUUGUUUGAUUACAAGGGUUUCUUGGAUAUCCGAUACUCGUGUCUGUCUGCCGGAGCCGUCGUCUCGAGUCUGGGAGUGUACGUGCCGUUUUACUACAUAGAGUCGUACUGCACCGUUCUCGACCCGAACUCCAACUUCAUACCUUACCUACUGCCUCUGAUCAACGCAGCGAGCCUGGUUGGUCGUAUCGCUGGCGGCUGGGCUGCCGAUCGAGUCGGGCGCUUGAAUAUCUUGUACCCCAUGACCACGAUGUGCGGCGUCUUCUGUCUGGCCAUGUGGCUACCCUCGACCCAUCCGGGGGUGCUCGUGGGUUUUGCGAUCAUCUACGGCUUCUCCUCUGGCAUUUUCAUCUCGGUUAUGCCCGCUGCUACCGGACAGAUCAUACCCACCGAGAAGCUGGGAGCUAGACUUGGUGCAUUUGGUAGCGUCACUUCCAUCGCAUUCCUGGUAGGAACGCCUAUCGCGGGAGUUUUGAUCAAGUCCCACACGAGAGCAGGUUACCAGCCGUUGAUCAUCUUUGCUGGAUGUUGUCUUGUGACUGGAGGCAUGAUCAUCUUCACCGCUCGUCUGUUGCAUGACAGGAAUCUGAGAAGCAAGUGGUAAAGACAAGAGUGGGCAAAGAGUAUGUCGAGGCUUGAUCAGGGGGUUUGGCGCGGAAGUCUCAGCGUUACUACAACGUUACUACUAGUCUAUGGGCCCUGUGUCAUUAUAGUGGAUUCUUGUAUGGACAGUUCCCUCGAGCUGAGAAGGGAAACGAGAAGAUAGAAUGUGGGAACCUUACGGAAGCAAUGGGAGAUACGCGUCAUGGAAGAAACUGACGGAAGUGUGACCAAUAUGGCUACGGCUGCUUUCGACGACUCCUGGGCUUGACGUCGUUGUAGUAGACGAUCAGUACCUCGCCAUCUAUUUUUUCAGUAAGCCGAGCCUCCUGCGCUCACCCCUUGCUGAACAACGCUGCAGUGGAC